GGUUGGCAGCUCGCUAUAUUGGGUUGGCAGGUCGCGAACUUGCAGCUGAAGGUAAUCAGGUUUGGCGAACUCGCGAACUUGCAUACGCCGCGGAAGGUACAUGUUUCCUGGUGCUCCCUGGUAUCUAAAUUGUUGUGCACUGCUUAGCAAAAUAAUUCUCUGCGACGGUUACUUCCAUUGGUGUGGUUGGUGCAAGGUGAUUCUUCCCUGCGACGGCAACGCCAACAACGAACUGGGAGGUGUUGCGGCUCUGCACAACCCUUGCCUUCAGCUCUAAGUAUAUUAAGACUAGAUCUCCUCGAAGGAUGUCGCGGCCACAGCUAGGCGCGACGAGCUAUCCAAGGCGGUGACUGGCAUCGAGCUCUCCAAGAUAUGACAACCUCAAGGAGACGCUGCAGCGGUCCAAGGACUCCGCGUCACGCUUUGUGGAGAGGAUGCAGCACACGUGGACGGCAGCACAGAUGCUCUGGAAGUCACUUCUGUCCGUGCUCUCGUCCGCCAACCAUGGAGUGUUUUCAUGAAGGUUUAAGCACAGUGGGCAUGGGUCUCCCAUUGUGGGAAAAGGCCCUUUCAGUAUCAACCUUUGACAACAAAUGACAAAUGGAUCAUGGUUUACACAUGAUCUAGCCACUUAGGGAUACCAUGUAGCCAAAUUGAAUCUCGCAGAGAAUAAUGGAAGGCAGAUGUUAAUGGAUUGUUGCAGCUUCAACAAAUGGACACACAUCUUACACUUUCCAUGUUUUGGGGUAUAAAAGGGUUACAUGAUGAAAUUGCUGCCCGUGAUGGGUUUCAUGCAAGCGCAGAUAACAUCUUCCUAACAGAUGGAGCAAGCCCGGCAGUACACAUGAUUCUGCAGUUGUUGAUAAGGUCUGAGAAGGAUGGCAGUCUCUGCCCUAUUCCACAGUACCCAUUGUACUCUGCAUCAAUUGCUCUUCAUGGUGGUUCCCUUGUUCCUUAUUUCCUUGAUGAAGAGACAGGGUGGGCACUUGAGGUUGAUGAGCUCAAGAAACAACUUGAGGAGGCUCGAUCUAUAGAGCAGGGUAUAAAAGGGUUACGUGAUGAAAUUGCUGCCCAUGAUGGGUUUCAUGCAAGCGCAGAUAACAUCUUCCUAACAGAUGGAGCAAGCCCGACAGUACACAUGAUUCUGCAGUUAUUGAUAAGGUCUGAGAAGGAUGGCAUUCUCUGCCCUAUUCCACAGUACCCAUUGUACUCUGCAUCAAUUGCUCUUCAUGGUGGUUCCCUUGUUCCUUAUUUCCUUGAUGAAGAGACAGGGUGGGUACUUGAGGUUGAUGAGCUCAAGAAACAACUUGAGGAGGCUCGAUCUAAGGGCAUCAGUGUUAGGGCGCUUGUUGUUAUAAAUCCAGGAAACCCAACAGGACAGGCAUGUUGUUCUCAAACCAAACCAGGGGCGUCACUCGAUUAGACAAACUCAGGCGACUGCUAUAGUAUCAAACCACUUUUAAAUCGUUACAAUGUGUGGAGCUUACUAAUCGUUGUUGUCUAGACUGGUCCGACAGUGCCGGAUGCCAUGGUGGUGCAGGAACCAUUCGUCUACAUCCCUGAAGAGACCAUCCGAGAUGCGCUCAAAGUUAUUCUUGACGCAAGAAACCAGCCGAUGCUCAUCCACUGCAAGAGAGGCAAG